GAGGUGUAAAAUACUCGUCUCGUUCCCCGAAUUAUUAUUCUUUUGAAUUACUGUAUAGAAACAAGGGGUUUAAUAGUAGCCCAUAUAAUGAAAGAUAUAGGAUGCUUACUCCUCUUGUGCACGGAAUUUUGGGUCAAAGAAAUUUGAAAGGAAACUCUGAAAUAAUAGACAACGAAUAUCGUAUACUUAUGCAAACUCUUUGUAAAACUUCAGAGAACACAAAAGAUGGUUUUUAUCCAAAAACUUAUUUUCAUCAUACUGCAUUUAAUAUUAUCUCUUUAUUCUGUUGGGGUAAACGUACAGAAAGUUAUGAAAAUCCAAUUUAUAAAGAAUUUAAAGGUUUAAUAGAUGUUCAGUUAUACCUUGUCGCAGUAACAAAUAGAGUUUCGUCAUUUUUCCCAAUAUUAAAAUGGUUGCCGAGAAAUAAAUUGUAUAAUAUGGUGAUUAAUAGUAGAACUGAAUCUGAAGCUUUUUUUGAAAAAAUAAUUAAAGAUGUUAAAGAAGAUAAAGAAAAGAGACCCUGUGCUAUUAGAGAUAUGCUUAACAAAGUAAACGAAGGUAUAUUGGAUGAAUAUGAUAUUAUUCAUGUUUUUAAUAAUUUAUUUGUUGCUGGAACGGACUCAGUUUCUUCAAGUUUGACAUGGCUCACCGCUGUUUUAGCUAAUCAUCCUGAAAUUCAAGCUAAAGCUCACCAAGAGCUUGAUCAAAUAAUUGGUCAAUCUCGUCUACCAAAGAUUUCUGAUGAACCAAACCUUCCUUAUAUACGUGCUAUAAUUAAAGAAGGCCAAAGAUAUUGUGCUCCCGUUUAUCUUUCUGUGCCUCAUUAUAUUGAAGAAGAAGAUGAUUAUAAUGGCUAUCAUAUUCCAGCAAAUAGUGCUGUAGUUGUAAAUCAAUAUGGAAUUCAUAUGGAUGAAAAACGUUAUGAAAAUCCUAAAGAAUUUAAACCCGAAAGGUUUUUAGGAUUUAAAGAAAGUAGCGCCGUUUUUGCAAAUGGAAAUUAUGAAAAUAGAGAUCAUUUUAGUUUUGGUGCUGGAAGAAGGCUUUGCACUGGAAUUCAUUUGGCUGAACGAGAACUUUUCAUGGGAAUCACGCAUCUUCUCUGGUGCUUCCGAAUUGAAAACGCGUCACCAUUAGGUGAAGAUGGUAAACCAAUACCAAUUGGUUUAGAUAUUGAACGUUUUGCUGUUACUGUUUGGCCUAAAAAGUUUCAUGUUAGAUUUGUAAAAAGGCAUGAUAAUGUCGAUAAG